GAAAGAUUGUCUUUGGAGAGGUAUUUUGUCACCUCCAUCAACAAGAGCUGAGAAUUCUUUGUUUGUGAUCUCCAAGAAGCAACAACAAUGAAGCAAAAGAUAGUGAUUAAGGUCUCCAUGAAUGGCCACAAGUCUCGUUCCAAGGCCUUGAAGAUUGUUGUUGGAGUUUCAGGUGUCGAAUCAGCAGCUUUAGGAAAAGAUGACAAGAACCAAAUAGAGGUGAUAGGAGAAGGAGUGGAUGCAGUUAAGCUAACAAGCUUGCUAAGAAAUAAAUUAGGAAAAAAAGAUUGUUUAACUUGUUUUUUAUCAAAUAAUAAGACAUAUGCAGAAUUAGUAAGUGUGAGCCCUGUGGGAGACAAAGCAGAUGAGAAGAAAGAAGAGGCAAAGGUUCAACCUGUGAAUUGGUCAUGCUCAUAUGGCUAUGGUGUGCCUCAAUAUAUUAUCUACUAACUAGUAAUUAGAGUAUUAGCUCUGUAAUAUAAAAAAUUUUAUAAUUUAAAGUUUCAAUAAUUUCCUUGAUAUGUAA